UCUCUUUUACGCACACAUACGCACUGUUUUCUUUUUAUCUCUCUUCCUGUCAGACUCAUUCUGAAGCGUGCGGGACAGGAGGACACUUUGCUUCAAUCUGAAGUCAGGACAGGGUCUAAUUUUCUUGCCUUGGCUAAUGAGCUUAGCCCGUGUUGAGCAGCUUUUAGCCCUGCAGGUUGUUGUUGUUGUCAUAGCUGUAGUAAAGAGCCCUCAGUGGUUAGAGCGAGGAUCCAGAGUGGAGGAAUAGAUGGAGGAAAAGAGGCAGAGCUGCAGCCACAGCUUCACCGCUCCUCUGUUUGCCUACCAGGACCACCUCUGAUUGUACCGACACUGCGGCUGGGACGAAUCUCUCUCCACUCCCUCUUUCCCCUCCCUCGCUCUCUUCUGCUUCUCUCUAACACUACCUGACUCCCUUCUCUCUCCCCCUCUCCGCCUGCACCGGAGCACUAACAAAGUGCUUUUGUAGCUGCAUCACUUCUCGGGCAGCUGCUCCCCUUUCUUCCCCCCCCAAGUCUGUCUUUCCAAUUCUUUUAGCUUCUUUUCUAUCUUGAGCUCUUGACACUGACUUUGUGGCCAAAAUGUAUCGGAACCCAUGGAUCUCGAAUUACCUGAGUCACGUCAAGUUCUGCAGCCAAGGACUUGGGAGUGAGACGCCCAUUAAACUAAGCAACCCCAGAUUGCUACAGAAGAGAGCACUGAGCUUCCAGAAAGAAUUCUCCUUUGACGAAAAAGACGAUCCAGCCAAAAGCACCAAGGAUAUAGAUGUUAGUCUCUUGGCCAGUCUCCCCAAAGUCUCUGAAUUGAGGAAACGAUUUGAAGGCAUCACCACAAGCUCAAGUGAUUGGGAUAUGAACAGAAAAGAACGUAUUGCUCGACGGUUGGAGGGCAUAGAGGCUGAGGUUCAUCCCAGUCUGCUGCCAAGCCUGGUCGCUAACCGCCUUCUGGAGGAGGACACACCACGAUACACCAGGGCCUCUGACCCCUGUGAACCCUGCGCUGUUACAGUCCAGCGGUAUGGAUCGGAGGGAUAUGAAAGCCAUGAAAGGCAGUUGAAGGCUCCAGAGCGACAGUCGAGAGCACGAUGCAGACCUGAAACUCAGUCCACCGUUCACACCGAGCCGAUACACAAUUCAGGUUCCACCACUGCUGUCCCAGAGCUGGAGUCCAAGGCUGAACGCAUCGCCCGUUACAAGGCAGAGCGGCGCCGGCAGCUGGCUGAGCGCUAUGGCAUAUCUUUGGAUCAUGAGCCAGACUCGGACCAUCCCCCCCGUUACACCAAUACUCGGAAAGAGUCUGAUGGAUCAGAGAGGCAUAACAAAUGGGAUUCGUUUGGGGAAGAAGGGAGGGACAUCACUCUGAGUGCUUACACCAGCUCCUCAGCUACCAGUCCAAGGGCGGGACGCUCGGCACCACCGCAUGGCUACCCCGAUCCAGGCUAUGAUGUGGGUCGACCCAGGGCUGACUCAUUCUCUGAGAGGGAGAGGCUGAUGAACCUGGAAAAUCAGCGCAGGGCUGCUCCUCCUGAGCCUCCAUCCUCUUCCUCAUACAUGGACGUGACCUCUUUGUCCACCUCUGCCAGGGUGCCUGUGAAGGACUAUUCAGUCACAGGGAUGCCGCCCAGCUCACCCAAGCUGAGUAGGCAACCCUCCCUGUCCUCACCUAAACACGGGGUGUCUCCCGGGGAUCUAUUCAUUGAGCAGCAGGCACACAACAUCCUCAGCAGACAGGGAAUCAGAGUUAGGGAGAGACUUGCCAAGGAGGAGGGCCGCCAGAGAAGCCCUGAGUUGGGAAAUGUUACAGAAGCUCCAGUCUACCGCAGACAGAUUCAGCCCCAGGCUCAGACCUCUACCCGCUACUACCACCACACAGACCCACCGGCUCCCCACUCUUCCUACUCCCACCUGCACCAUCAUCCCCAAGCUCAGGCCACCAGGUCUGGUUCCCAGGGAGGACACGAGGCUGGCGGUUACCCCAGUUAUCUGUCUAUGACGUCUGGUCCUACACCCAGAGCCGUGCAACAGCAGCAACAACAGGUCCAGGCGGAAGAGACAGAGGAGUCUGAGGAUGUGAAGACUGAGGGGCUCCUGAGGAGCAGAAAAGCCGUCCUGCCCUCAGAAAUCCGCCGCAGAGAGAGGAGCACAGAGGACCCACGAAGAGGUAGAGGGGAUGACGAGGUGGGAAUGUCCAGGAUGCAGAGCUUCAGCCAGGAGAGGGAGGUAGAGGCUGAAGAGCUAGCGAGAGGAGGUUUCAGAGGAGGCAGAACCAGGUGGGACGAAGCGGAAUACACCUCCCAUCUGCAAGGUGCAGAAGCCAGAACAAGAGAGCAUGAAAACACCACAUAUAUUCACAAAAGUCCCAGAGGGAGCUCCACCUCCAGUGCAGCCGUGAGCCGCCAGGUGUCGGGUGCUGGUGAUGCACGACUACUCAAUCAAAGGACCCUCCAGCACCAGACGCAGGACCCCCACAGUGUCAGAGAGGGUGAGGGUUUCAGUAACGGAGAGAGUCACAAGGACGCUCGUGGCGUGUCUGUGGCCCAGCUCAGACAUUCCUACAUGGAGAGUGCCACCACCGCCACCUCCACCACUCCUCCAACCAGCCGCAGGAAUAACCUUGAGGCUGAAGGGGGCUUCGAGGCCCCGUGGAGAGGGGAAAGGGAGAGGGGCCGCAGACCCCGACAAUAUAUCUGUCCCGGGGAGAGUAGAAAGACCUCAGAGAGGUUUAGGACGCAGCCCAUCACUUCUGCUGAGCGCCAGGAGACUGAUAGGUCCUGUGUGAGUUCAGAGUUUGCUUCAACUGAAGCAGACGAAGAGAAACUAGAUGAACGGGCCAAGCUGAGCGUGGCAGCCAAGCGCUCUCUCUUCAGAGAACUGGAGAAGAGUAUUGAUGGAGGAAUUCCUAAAUUACGGUCCAGGAAUGCAGCUGUGGACAGGAGACUAAGACGAACACAAGACCGAUCGAGAACUCAGCCGGUCACCACUGAAGAAGUCGUCAUCGCAGCCACCGUCCCCUCUCACGUGCCACAAACGGUGGCUGUUCACACCGCUGUAGCACGCCUCCCUAGCCCCACCCUAGCUGGCAGUGCCGCCCUGCCACACAGCCUGCAGGCAUCAUCACAGCGGAGCAUGGCUGCCCAGGAAGAGGCUCGAGAACGAGCUCGGGAACAGGCCCGGCAGAUGCAGGAUACCCAGGAGGGUCAGAGCUCCAAGCAGGCGCCCCCAAUGGAGGGAAAGGUUGAGAAGCCGAGUCAGGGUCAGGACGAGCCUGAUCUCUGCACGCUCAGCUUGGCAGAAAAGAUGGCGCUGUUCAACCGUCUGGCUCAGCCCCCGACCAGGGUCACCCGAACCAGAGGGGACACGCGCCAGCGCAGGGCCAACGCUCGCUACCAGACACAGCCCAUCACUCUGGGAGACAUGGAACAGAUUCACAAUGGUGCAGGCUCCCGCUAUGGACACCUGCCCUCUUCCUCAUCACCCUCUGCACUCAGAGCAGGAGGCACCGUCUCCACCGACCACGCCGGAGACAUCCACAUCACCAGAGCGGCAGCCUGCGUCGUCCCCAGCUCCGACCGGUGUCUGACCCAGGAGUCCUCGGACCACCGCUCGUACCAGAUCCCGCCGCAAGGUGAAGAUGAAGCCGGUCUGGGGUCGGCGAAGAGGAAGCUGCCCUCACCCGAGGGCCCAGUCAGGCAGGCUGCUCCUCACCAGCCUCCGACUGAAAGGGAGAGGAGAGAGGAAGAGGAGGAAGAGAGGGAGGAGCUGCAGCAGUGGCAGCUUUCUAGAGGGAGAGAAGAGGGAGCUGUGCGGAGCUCGGAGAGCCACAUGCUCCAGGAGGGGACGGAGCACAAAGGGUAUCUGAGGGAGGAAAGAUACCACUCAGACAGCCAGAGGACCCGAACCAUCAGUGGAGAUUUCCAGGAGUCCACCGUGGUAACAUCCAGACGAGGAUCUGGUUCGCCCAGGAGUGGGUGUCAGCUUCCUGUGGACGACACAGACGGACUGGUCCAGCUCGAGCAAGGAGACGAAACAAGCGACAUGAUGGCCCGACACAUGUCCAUCAGAGAGAGAGUUGCCUUGUUAAAAAAGAGUGGCGAGGAGGACUGGAGGAACAGGAUCAAUAGGAAGCAGGAUGUGGUGAAGAUCGCUGUGGGCGAGCAGCACGCUCAGCUCUGGGAGGUGGAGCAUAGCUUCAAGAAGAAGGACGAUGAAGCGCCGAUGAUGAUCGAUGAGUUUGCUGUGUCCGACCAGCUCUGGGAGCCUGUCUUUGCUGCUACUUUCUCUCCUCCUCCUGAGCCUCCUUUCCAUUCCUCUUCCCCUGAUGAUGAGUCUGCUAGCCAGGCCACCAGAUCUCCCCGACCUAUGCAGGUGGAUGAAAGGCACCCCUGGAGGCGGAAGAGACUAGCAGAGGCUGAGAUGGAGAGCCAGGGGAUGGACGCUCACAUGUCCAUCCAGGAGAGGAAGCAACUCAUAGUGGCUCGGGAGGAGGCGUGGAAGUCCAAAGGCCACGGAGCUGCCAACGACUCCACCCAGUUCACUGUGGCUGCACGCAUGGUGAAGAAAGGCCUGGCCUCCCCUACUGCUCUUCAGUCUCCAGUACUGUCCAAACCCAAGAACACCAACCUUGCCAUCUCCAAACCUCAGGAAGAGAUCAAGGCCAUACCAGAUCUGAACCUGGAGUCAGACAGGAAGUUGGAUAACUUAGAGUCAUUCCUUGGAAAGCUCAACAAUAAAGUGCCUGGACUUCCAGAAGCAACCAUCACUGUGACACAGAAGAAGGUAAAGGAAGUGAUGGCUCUCGAAGAUGAAACUUUUUCCAAGUUCUACCGUCAAGUGGAGGAGCUGCCCUCCAUCGCCAACAACAAGGUGCAGAUAGACGACGACUUUGACGCCAUCUUCGGACCCCAGGUGCCAAAGCUGACCUCAGAGAUGGUGCAGCACAAGCGGGCGGUGCGUCCAGCGCGUAAUGUCCAGUCCUCCAGGAACCCUCUGAAGAUGCUGGCUGCCAGGGAGGACAUCAGACACGAGUACACGGAGCAGAGGCUCAACAUCGGCCUGCUGGAGAGCAAAAGGAUGAAGGCUGAGAAGAUGAGUAAGAACUCUGGUUUCUCUGAGGUGGCUCUAGCUGGUCUGGCCAGUAAGGAGAACUUCAGCAACAUCAACCUGCGCAGCGUCAACAUCUCUGAGCAGAUGUCCAACAACAGCGCUGUGCCCUACAAGAAACUCAUGCUCCUGCAGGUCAAAGGUCGACGACACGUCCAGACCAGACUGGUGGAGCCCAGAGCAUCUUCGCUCAACAGCGGAGAUUGUUUCCUGCUCGUUACCCCACACCACUGCUUCAUCUGGAUCGGAGAGUUUGCCAACGUCAUUGAGAAGAGCAAGGCUUCAGAGUUAGCCAAUUUCAUACAGAGCAAGAGGGAUUUGGGCUGCAGAGCGAACUAUGUCCAGGUCAUUGAGGAGGGCAUCAACAUGCACAGCCAUGCUGUCAAGGAGUUCUGGAAGAGUCUGGGAGGGCUGUCCAAUUAUCAGUCUGCAGGAACGCCGGAUGAAGAUGAACUGUAUGAGGGCGCCAUUGUGGAGACUAACUGCAUUUACCGCCUGAUGGAUGACAAGCUGGUCCCAGAUGAUGAUUUUUGGGCCAAGAUGCCUCGCUGUUCUCUGCUCAACCCCACAGAGGUUUUGGUUUUCGACUUUGGCAGUGAGAUGUACAUUUGGCACGGGAAGGAAGUGACUCUAGCUCAGCGGAAGGUGGCCUUCCAGCUGGCUAAGCACCUGUGGAACGGCACCUUCGACUACACCAACUGUGACAUCAACCCGCUGGACCCAGGAGAGUGCAACCCACUCAUACCCAAGAAAGGCCAGGGCCGUCCUGACUGGGCAGUGUUUGGCAGACUGACGCAGCACAACGAGACCACCCUGUUCAAAGAGAAGUUUGUGGACUGGCGCGACUCCAGGAAAACACCCAGUCCCACAAAAAACACCAACGACCACUUGACCGAGCCAAAGGAGCUGUCUGGCUCUGAUCAGCACCGUGCAUACGAUGCCUCCCUGAUGCUGCCCCUCCUCGAGACGGCCGUCUCCACCAAACUGGACGGGUUCAACGUGGGCCGGGGCUACGGCCUGGUGGAGGCCGAGGACUGGCGGAGCUAUGAGAUCAGCACUUUGGCUGUGGAGGUCUGGCACAUCCUGGAGUUCGAUUACAGCCGCCUGCCACGCCAGAGCAUCGGCCAGUUCCACGAGGGCGACACAUACGUAGUGAAAUGGAAAUACAUGGUCAGCACUGCAGUUGGGAAGAGACAAAACCCCGAGCAGAUGAAGACGGCGGGAGCUGGGAAGGAGAAGUGCUGCUACUUCUUCUGGCAGGGCCGCAACUCCACUGUCAGCGAGAAAGGAACGUCAGCACUGAUGACGGUGGAGCUGGACGAGGAGCGGGGGGCACAGGUUCAAGUCCAGCAGGGUAAAGAGCCUCCAUGUUUCCUGCAGUGCUUCAAAGGGGGGAUGGUGAUCCACUCAGGAAAGAGAGAAGAAGAGGAGGAAAACUCGCAGAAUGACUGGCGUCUGUACUGUGUGCGUGGGGAGGUGGAGGUGGAGGGCCAUCUGCUGGAGGUGGCUUGUCACUGCAGCAGUCUGCGCUCCAGGUUCUCCAUGGUGCUGCUGAGCGUCAGCCAGGCCCUCAUCUACCUGUGGAACGGCUGCAAGUCUCAGAUGCACACAAGGGCUGUGGCACGCACCGCUGCCAAUAAGAUCAAAGAACAUUGUCCUCUAGAGACCGGCCUCCACAGCAGCAGCAAGGUGACCAUUCGGGAAUGUGACGAGGGGGCCGAGCCCUUGGGAUUCUGGGAGGCCCUCGGGAGGAGGGACAGGAAAGCAUAUGACUGCAUGCUGCAAGAUCCAGGCAGGUUUAACUUCACGCCUCGUCUGUACCAGCUGAGCAGCAGUUCAGGAGAGUUUACAGCCGUGGAGUUUCUCUACCCAGCCAGAGACCCCAGGCAGGUCAACUCUAUGCCCUUCCUGCAAGAGGACCUGUAUGCAGCUUCACAGCCAGCCCUGUUCCUGGUGGACAACCACCACGAGGUCUAUCUGUGGCAGGGCUGGUGGCCCCAGGACAGUGAAAGCACCGGCUCAGCCCGUAUCCGCUGGGACUCGGACAGGAAGUGUGCCAUGGAGACAGUGCUGCAGUACUGUAAAGAAAAGAAUGAGAACAAACCUCCCAAAGCCUAUCUGAUCCACGCUGGUCUGGAGCCGCUCACCUUCACCAACAUGUUCCCCAGCUGGGAGCACAGAGAGGACAUCGCUGAGAUCACUGAGAGGGAGGCAGAAGUGUGUAACCAGAUAAUCCUGGUGGAGGACGUGUUGGCCCGACUGUGUAAGACCACAUACCCUCUGGCAGAUCUUCUAGCCCGGCCGCUGCCUGAAGGAGUCGACCCUCUUCGCCUGGAAGUCUAUCUGUCUGAUGAGGACUUUGAGGGUGUAGGGCCUCAUGAGAAGAAAGGCCUGGACAUGAGCAGAGAGGAGUACGGCUGUUUGCCCGGCUGGAAGCAGGUGAACUUGAAGAAAGCCAAAGGACUUUUCUGAGCGGCUGAACUGCAUCAGGGUGUUUUUAGACUCCUCUUAUGUUGACGCUUGCAAGAGUGGAUGUUUGCGAAUGAAGGGGAGGAGCUAUGAAGGUGUGGAGGUGAUGAUCGGUGGAUGACUCGUGUGCCAGCUUCUCGUGCUGCAGAUUUCCUUCCCCUUGGUGUUUUAGUUGUGAUAAAUAUGAGACAAAUGUGGAUGGAUGCAUGAGAUAAACGUAGCCAUUGUUAAUGUUUGUACAUAUGUACUAUAUGCAGGACAGCCAGAGCCCUUACAUUGUGAGCCUUGCAGCAUCUAUUGGAAGUAGGUCCAUCUGGACACACUGAGACUCUCUAUGUAUGUUUGUCUUCACAAGUAAUUUAUAUUUAUAUCAAAUCCAUGCUUUUUUUUUUUUUUUUAAAGCUUCACAAAUAUUAAAAGAUAAUGGAAUAAAAUGUAUAAUAAAUGUAACAGAGGUUGUGUCAUAUGUGGAUAAAUACUACAGGACUUUGUCUCUCGCUGUACAGAUCACCCUUUGCCAUUUACAAAUCAAAAGAAGCAGCUUUAUUUGAAAAUGUCUAGUGUCACGGUUUCAGGCUGUCAGAUGAAAAGCAUACAGGCUUUGAUUAAAGAGUCAGAGCUGUCAAUGAAAUGAUCUCGAAACCCUUCAGUGUAUAGUGCCUUGCUUUGUGUACAGUUUAUACAGAUCCUAGUCUGCAUUUGGAAGACUUUUUGUGAUAUAAAGAACUAUGAUAGAAAUAAAAAGUUUGAUAUCAGAAAC